GAGACCGAGACGGGGUCAGCAACCAUGAAGCUGUCAUUCACCGCGAGGCUCUUCAUCGCCUUCGGCCUGUGUUGGACCUGCGCAGGGCUGCCCAGGUGUCUGGCCGGCUGGCAGGAGUACAACGGCCGCUGUUACUACUUUUCAAAGGACAAAAAGAAUGCGGACGAUGCUGAAAACUUUUGUCGCCAAAACGGAGGACACCUGACAAGCGUUCUGGACCAAAUGGAGCAGUCCUGGCUGGCGUCUAGAAUGAACAAAUGGUGGCUCGGCCUGUGGCGCAAGAGCCUCAGAGACAGGUGGCAGUGGAGAGAUGGAAGUCCUUAUGUUGCGUCUGAGGCAUUCUGGGCUCCAACACAGCCAAACAACCCCCCUUACACCGACAAGCCUGAAUUCUGCGUGGUGAAGUGGAACCUCUGGCACGACAUGUACUGCUCCCAUGUCACUAACUACAUCUGCAAGCGCGCCCUCCUAGAUAAGCCCUGCCCGCCUCCGCCUCCAGCCUGCCCUCCUCCGCCUCCGACCUGCCCACCUCCGACCACCCCUCCUCCGCCUCCAGCCUGCCCUCCUCCGCCUCCGACCUGCCCACCUCCGACCACCCCUCCUCCGCCUCCGACCUGCCCGCCUCUGACCAGCCCGCCUCCGCCUCCGGCCUCCCCGCCUCAGGAAGAGCCCAAGAUGUGCAUGAGCUCUGCCGAUGGGCAGGGAUGUUCCUCUCAUGACAUUGCAUGCUCGUGCCUGCUGGCCAUGGUUGCCAGCCCGAAAGGCGGAUUCCAAGUUGCUAUCAAAGACGGUUUGAGCGUGGGCCGCAGCAUCGUCAUCAAAGGACAAGCCAAGAGCAAUGUCACAAAGCUCGUCGUCAACCUGAACGUGCGCGACGAUACCGACGACGACAGCAGCGACGACACCAGCACCAAGGAAGUCACAUCAGCGCUCCACUUGAACUUCGACUUUGCGAAGCAAAUCGCCUUGCUCAACACCAGACUGGCCGGCAAAUGGGGCGACAAGCAGACGAAGAACAUGCCCCAACAACUCCCCUUGAGUCGGGCCUUCAAGAUUGUCAUCAAGUGCGAGGUCAACGGCUUCAAGAUGACCUUCAACGACGACCUCCAGCUGGACAUCAACUAUGCUGUGCCUGACCUGCAAAAGAUCAAUUGGCUGGAGGUGUGGCAGGUGAUGCUGACCAGCAUCCAGCUGAUGUGACGGCGCCGUCCGACAACUGCUUCCCGUCUGGGCGACGUCACGCAAGCGGCAAUGAGCUCAAUUCAAACGCAUUCUUUCGCCCACCUUUUGUUGCUGUCCACUUUUAGCCUUGUAUUGAUCAUGAGAAUCUCACAGUAUGACGUCAUCACGGUAUGGAGGCCACACGGCCGUGUUUUUGUACUAUUGGUUAAAAAUGUCCUCGUGUGGAAAAAGAAAUAAGUAAUGUGAGGUAUAAAUAUUUGUAAUGUGAUGUAUACACACACUAUGAUUUAAUGAGUUCAUUUCAAUAAAGUUUUGAAGCAUAAGAAAA